GUCACGUGGGAGGCGACGUUUCGCGCCAAUUUUGGUUGAAUGGGCAGUGGUCCGCCGUGCGGACGCUCUCUGCUACCUGGGGCCGAGAUCCUUGAGUCGGACAACUGCUGAGGUCCCCGGCAGCGAUGGCACUGAAGGACUACGCGCUCGAGAAAGAAAAGAUUAAGAAGUUCCUACAAGAGUUCUACCAGGAUGAGGAAUUUGGCAAGAAGCAGUUCAAGUAUGGGAACCAGUUGGUUCAACUGGCUCAUCGGGAGCAAGUGGUAAUGUACAUAGACCUAGAUGAUAUAGCCGAGGACGAUCCUGAGUUGGUGGACUCAAUUUGUGAGAACGCCAAACGCUAUGCAAGGCUCUUUGCUGAUGCUGUGCAAGAGCUGCUGCCUCAGUUCAAGGAGCGAGAGGUGGUAAAUAAAGAUGUCCUGGACGUUUAUAUUGAGCACCGGCUGAUGAUGGAACAGCGAAGCCGGGACCCAGGGACAGCCCGAAGCUCACAGAACCAGUACCCUCCUGAGCUCCUGCGCAGAUUUGAGCUGUAUUUUCAGGGCCCAAGCAGUAACAAGCCUCGCGUGAUCCGGGAAGUAAAGGCUGACUCUGUGGGGAAAUUGGUGACUGUGCGUGGAAUUGUCACCAGGGUCUCUGAAGUCAAACCCCGAAUGGUAGUGGCCACUUACACUUGUGACCAGUGUGGGGCAGAGACCUACCAGCCGAUCCAGUCUCCCACUUUCAUGCCUCUGAUCAUGUGCCCAAGCCAGGAGUGCCAGACCAACCGCUCAGGAGGGCGGCUCUAUUUGCAGACACGGGGCUCCAAAUUCAUCAAAUUCCAGGAGAUGAAAAUGCAAGAACAUAGUGACCAAGUUCCUGUGGGAAAUAUCCCUCGUAGCAUCACCGUGCUGGUGGAAGGAGAGAACACAAGGAUAGCCCAGCCUGGAGACCACAUCAGUGUCACUGGUAUCUUCUUGCCCAUCCUGCGUACUGGGUUCCGACAGGUGGUGCAGGGUUUACUCUCAGAAACGUACCUGGAAGCCCAUCGGGUCGUGAAGAUGAGUAAGAGCGAGGAGGAGGAGUCGGCUAGGGAGCUGAGCAGGGAGGAGCUGAGGCAGAUCGCAGAGGAGGAUUUCUAUGAAAAGCUGGCCGCCUCUAUUGCGCCAGAGAUAUAUGGGCAUGAAGAUGUUAAGAAGGCGCUGCUGCUCCUGCUGGUAGGCGGCGUGGACAAGACUCCUCGAGGCAUGAAGAUCAGGGGCAACAUCAACAUCUGCCUGAUGGGGGACCCGGGUGUGGCCAAGUCUCAGCUCCUUUCUUAUAUUGAUCGCCUGGCCCCCCGCAGCCAGUACACAACAGGCCGGGGCUCCUCCGGAGUGGGGCUUACAGCAGCUGUGCUGAGAGACUCUGUGAGUGGGGAGCUGACCCUGGAGGGGGGGGCCCUUGUGCUGGCUGACCAGGGGGUGUGCUGUAUUGAUGAGUUCGACAAGAUGGCUGAGGCUGACCGCACAGCCAUCCACGAGGUCAUGGAGCAGCAGACCAUCUCCAUUGCCAAGGCAGGCAUCCUCACCACACUCAAUGCCCGCUGCUCCAUCCUGGCUGCUGCCAACCCUGCCUACGGGCGCUACAACCCUCGCCGCAGCCUGGAGCAGAACAUACAGCUCCCUGCUGCGCUGCUGUCCCGAUUUGACCUCCUCUGGCUGAUCCAGGACAGGCCCGACAGAGACAAUGACCUACGGUUGGCCCAGCACAUCACCUAUGUGCACCAGCAUAGCCGGCAGCCCCCUGCCCAGUUCGAGCCUUUGAACAUGAAGCUUAUGAGACGUUACAUAGCUAUGUGCCAGGAGAAGCAGCCCAUGGUGCCGGAGUCCCUGGCUGACUAUAUCACAGCAGCUUAUGUGGAGAUGAGGCGUGAAGCCUGGGCAAGUAAGGAUGCCACCUAUACUUCCGCCCGGACCCUGCUGGCUAUCCUGCGACUGUCCACUGCUCUGGCACGUCUGCGGAUGGUGGACACAGUGGAGAAGGAAGAUGUGAAUGAAGCCAUAAGGCUGAUGGAGAUGUCAAAGGACUCACUCCUGGGCGACAAGGGGCAGGCAGCAAGGACCCAGAGACCAGCCGAUGUGAUAUUUGCCACUGUCCGUGAGUUGGUCUCAGAGGGCCAAAGUGUCCGCUUUUCCGAGGCAGAGCAGCGCUGCAUCUCCCGUGGCUUCACACCUGCCCAGUUCCAGGCAGCUCUGGAUGAGUAUGAGGAGUUAAAUGUCUGGCAGGUCAAUAACGCUCGGACAUGGAUCACUUUUGUUUGAUUCCAGCUUGCCUGAGACAGUGCGGUCUGCUCUGCAUACGGUGCUCACCUGCCCCUUCCUUUAAUGGUCUGAUGAUGCUCCUGAGGGAAACGUGCCUUGUGCUACACUUGAUAGAUUCCCUUUGCUAAUAAAGUGUUUUAAAACAGGG